AUGGCGAAAAGAACAACUAGUGCACAUCCAUCGCCAAUGGUUAAGAAGCAAACAGUAUACAGCACAUACGAUACAGCGGCAAUUGAAACGUGGGUCAAAUGUGGUGAAUGUGCAAAUACGCUUGGCCUUACAGAAGUAGCCAUCAAAUCAUUUGAAAAUGCCGUACAUCGAGAUCCGUCAAAUGUUACUGCUCUUUGUGGACUAAGUCUAUCACUUCGGGUUAAUGAUAUCACUCAAAAUGAAACUUUUGGUUCCCAAUCAGCUAUAGAAAAACUCAAUGCUUCGAUUGAAAUGUUUCCCCAUCUUUUGAAAAAUCUGAAUAUUUUCAAAGAAUUAUCGGAAUGUUAUCUUCUUAUUGGAUUAAAUGAUCAAGCUCAUCAAGCUAUACAAUCAGCUAUACAAUUAUCUCCCCAAGAUGCUUCACUAUGGCUACUUAGUGCUCAGACGCUCAUUAGAGCAGGUGCAAGGAGUCAUGCUGCAAGCUCACUAUCUCAUUGUUUAUCUUUGUUACCAGCCAGUGAAUCGAAUUACUCAAGUCAAGAUAUUGAAACUGCUCGUGCUGCUCAUGCUGAGUUAGCAGCAAUUGCUGCAGCUGACGGUAAUAUUGAAACGUCGAUUGCCGAGCUAACAGCAACGCUAUCAUUACCUCCACCACCAUUAUCAAGAAUUGAUGAACAUAUUGCCCUUUGGUGUGCAUUAUCAACGGCAAAAGAACGUGCUAAUGAUAUAAUGGGAGCAAUUAAAGCGUGUGAAGAUGCUCAAUUAGCAGUUGGAGAUUCACCGCGAAUUUUAAUGACAAAUGCUUAUCUCCUAUUGCUUUUAAACCCUAAAGAAAAUGCUGAUGCAGCAAUUGCAAUUUUAAAUAAAAUAGUAAAUUUACCCGAAGAUGAGUCGUUGAUCAACGAGGGAACUGAUUUCUUACCUUGGUAUUUAUUAGGAAGAGCCCAUUCAUUUAUGGAUCGUCCAAGAUUAGCUUAUGAUUCAUAUCAAGUGGCAUUAAGAUGUGCUUCCAACUCACCAAUAACUUGGUUAGCAGUGGGUAAACUAUACCUUGAAUUGAAACAAUUGCCUGAUGCAUUAGCAGCAUAUUCACAAGCUUUAAAAUUACAAUUGGAUGAUGGAUCACAGGGCACUGCUACUGCAUGGGAUGGACUAAGUUGUGUUUAUGAACGAUGUGAUGAUCAUUUGAUGGAUGCUUCAGAUGCAUGUAAUCGAGCUGCUUUAUGUUACAAGGCUAUUGGAGAUUUGAAAAAUUACAAUUAUUUUGAAGCAAGGGCUGAUCAGUUGGCUAAAGCGGCAAAGAAUAGUGGUCCAAUACCAGAUUUAAGACAACCUCCUGAUGUACCUAGCUUUUUGUUGAGAGAUUUAGUGGCUUUAGCCCCAAAUGAGAGAAUAGCUUAUACUCAAACUCAAAGACAGUCACCCCAACAAGCGCCAGCGCAACCACAGCCACAGCCACAGACACAGCAACCACCAGUAAAGCAAGAACAGAACCAAUCGGUACACCAAACACCAUCAUUACAACAUCAACAACAACAACAACAGCAACCGCAAUAUGGACCACCAGCACCACUACAACAACAACAACAACCGCCACCACAGCAGCCACAACCGCCUCAGCAGCAACCACAAUAUGGACCACCAGCACCACCACAACCACAAUACCAACAAGUGCCACUGUAUCAUCCAUCUCCAUAUCAAGGAGCCCCAGUACCACACCCGCAAGCAACGCCUCAACCACAACACCAGCAACAUCUCCAACAACAGCCCACACAGCAACAGCAGCAGCAGCUACACCAACAUGGUCCACCACCUCCACAACAACCGCCAUCGCAACAACAAACUCCAUCACAACCACAAUAUCGUCAACCACAUUACUACUACCCACCACCCCAAUCACAACAAUACUAUUACGCUCCUCCACCACCGUCAUCUCAACAACAGCACCAACAACAAAGUCAACAACAACAACAGCAACAACAGCAACACUCACCACCACAGCUCUCACAUCCACAAAUGCUUCACGGUGGUGGUCCUCCACCAUUACCAGCAACAACAACAACUGGUGGCCCUCUUCCACCACCACCCCCAGGAACUCAAUACUCCAUGGUUCCUCCAACUCCAGGAAGUUUGCCACCACCACAAGCUACCAAUGGUGCACCUGUAUAUGGACCUGGUCAAGGUCAAGGUCAAGGUCAAGGUCCUGGUUAUGGACUGUAUUUGCCCAUACCUGGAAUCAGUAGCGGUGCUGGUGGCGCUAAUAGCAAUGGGCAACUGCAAUAUGCAUCGCCUAACUGGAGGAGGUAA